AUGUUCGAGAAGCUGCAGAAGACACAGGCGCAAGUGCACAGCAGAGUGAACGUCCAGCGCGCGCAGCGGCCGUCAGACAACGAGGACAGUCCUGUGGAAGCGGAUGAGGAUCAGGAAGACAGGCAGCCGUCUGAAGAACGUCCUCAAGCCGCUGCUAAAGUCGGAGCGAAGAAACAGAAGAAGCUGGAGGAGAAACAAGCGCGGAAAGCUCAGAGAGAGGCCGAGCUGGAAGAGCGAGAGGAGAGGAGGAAGAUGCAGGAGCUCAGAGAUCAAGAGAGACAGAAAGAAGACGAGAAGGAGAGACUGCAAGAGCAAAAACGGGAGGAGGAGUUACAGCAUGCCAAGGAGGAGCAGGAGCGGAAGGAGGAGGAGGAGUACCUGCGGCUGAAGGAGUCUUUUGUGAUCGAGGAUCAGGGAGAAGCAGAAGAGCUCAGCGAGCAAGAGUCUCGCAACCUGCUGCAGGAGUUCAUCCAGUAUGUCGAGAAGUCUAAAGUGGUUUUGCUGGAGGAUUUGGCGUCCCACUUCAGCAUGCGCACACAGGAUGCUAUUAGCAGACUGCAGGACCUGAUAGCAGACGGCUCCCUGACAGGAGUGAUCGAUGACCGAGGGAAGUUUAUUUUCAUCACGCCGGAGGAGCUGAACGCUGUGGCUCAGUUCGUGAAGAAGAGAGGAAGAGUCUCCAUCUCAGAACUCGUUCAAGCCAGCAACACCCUCAUAAACCUCACGCCUGAGCUCCAGAGCAGCGCAUGAACCUCCUGGAGGAGCCCAAAAUGCUGUUUCCAAUGCAAGGACUUGUAAAUAAAGCGGGAUGCAUACUAUCAUUUACAGUCCAUGUCAUGUCAGAACCAGCGUGCAGUGCUCAUUUCCUAAUCUAAUUUCCCUUACUUCACUCUAUAAGCAUCAUUUACCGUAGAUACAGCCAUGUCUGCUGUCAUCUCAAUCACUUUAUGAAAUAGCUUGAGGCUAAUACAGAGGACUCGUUUUCAGAUUUUAUGUCAUUAUUGUUAUACACACACACUUUAAACAGGAUUCCCUCAGUCGUGCUUUGGAUAAAAGUGUCUGCUAAAUGCUUAAAUGUAUAUUUUUCUAGUAAUAUUCAGCUCUGCAGUAUAUCAUUACAUAGAAAUGCUGUAAUAGUUCUUAAAUGAUUUGUAGAACGGCUUAUCUGGUCAUUUAAAACAACUCAAAAAGUCAUGGAUAUUUAUUGGUCAGAAACUGUAUUUUCCUCUCGCUCUUGACUGCCGUCAAAUAAAAUGGCAAAAAGCACAAAAAACAAGUGACAAUUUAAAGAGGGCUUUU